ACACUUCCAUUUCGGAUAUCCAUUUUCUUCAGCUUUUUGGAGUGUCACACUAGGCUGGCUGUCGUUUUGUGAAAUUUUGUUUGUGGAAACACAUGCAUCAUGCACCAAAUGCUCUGAAAAAUUACCACGAUGGACUUUUGUUGCUUUUAGUAUUCUCUACCACUGCAAUGGCUUCAUGUAUUUAAGGUCUGUAUUGAGAUUGUGAGUUAAGCUCUGUCUGCUACAGAUCAUGCACUGAAAACCCUGAUCUGUGAAGACAAGCUUUCGAUGGGCACGUUUGUUGGACACAUAGUUCCCGGGUUUGCACUCACCCUCCUUGGUUUAUGGCACACCAUCAACACUAUCAGAUCUUAUUUUCUCAGGGGCCCUAGUAACUUUAGAGUAAGGUUUUGGCACCCAUUCAAUUCCCCUCUUUCCAAACUCAAACACUUGGAGCUCAUUUUCAUCUUAUCUUUCUCUGUAUUGGCAAUUUUCAUGCAAGUUUUAGACUUCCCUUUUCUUCAACUCUCUUUCAAGCUCCACAACUUGGAGCAUGCAACUAUGUUCCUCCACCUAGUCGUAUUUGCAGGAUUUACGCUUUGUGCUGAGUUGAUUCAUCCGUUUCAGACCCUAUCUGGGGUUGUUGGAAUGCUAGUAGCAUCUGUUUUCUGUCAAGAGCUUUUCCUACUUCAUUUCCACUCUGCUGACCAUGUUGGUCUUGAAGGGUAUUACCAUUGGCUGCUGCAGCUCAUAGUGUUUGUUUCUGUCAUGGCAGCUUUGGCAGCAACUUGUUGUCAAACCAGUCUUCCUGCAGCACUUGUUCUUUCAAUUUCAGUGGUAUUUCAAGGUUGCUGGUUUAUGAACAUGGGGUUUUUUCUCUGGGUUCCUAGGUUUGUUCCAAAGGGUUGUGUUGUCCAUUAUGUAGAGGGCACCAAUGAUACCAUGCUUGGAGCCGUAACUUGUCAGUCAAGUGAGGCUGAUUUUAGGGCAAGAGCAUUGGCCAACUUGCAAUUUAGUUGGAUACUUUCUGGAAUUUUGAUAUUCACAGGUUGUACAUGCCUGAAAUUUGCUGUCAAAUGCAUUCCAAGGGACCUGCCAAUAGAGUAUGAGCAACUCCAUUGCAGAGGAGCAGAUGUCCCUAUAGUCAUAAAUGAUUUCAAAGAUGCUCAUCCAUAGAAUUUUUAGUAGUAAAUAGGAGCAAGUCCAAUGUCAUUUGCAAGGACAACAUAUAUGACACUUGAUUUCUGGGAUCAAUAAUGUAUCAAAAUUGGGCUGGAGUAGCUCUUUGAUAUUUGUUUCCACAAUUUCAAAUUAUAUAUCUUGAUAUUAUGAGAUUUUCUUAUUUAUGCUGAGAGAACUGAAAAGGUAACAUUGAACCCCCAUGUACUCUGGUUGGGCAUGUAUAGCCAUUUUCUAUGAGAAAUCAUUUAUAUU